CGACUGCUCAAUAGAGAAUGUCAGACUUUUUAAAACCUUCAGUGUGAAUUGCUAUAAAACACAGAUGGACUAAAUACGAACCAAAACGCGACAAAACAGUUAAAAAGUAACUAUUACAUUAAUUAUACACAUAGGCUUGUGGUCACAGUAAUUUUGCUAUGGAGAACCUAACGAAUAUAAACGAUCCGCAGAGGUUGUACGAUGAGCUGAAAACAGAUUUUGACAGUGUAAAGAAAAAUUUGGAUAUAUUCUUUCUUGUUGUUGUAGCAUGCAUCAUAUAUUUUAUGCAAUGUGGAUUUGCGUUACUGGAAUGUGGAGCUGUAAGGAGCAAAAACACAACCAACAUUCUUAUCAAGAAUCUCUUAGAUUCAUGUAUAGGUGGACUUUCAUAUUGGAUAUUUGGAUAUGCAUUUGCAUUUGGACCGGAGGGCAACGCCUUCAUCUCAUGGAAGCAUUUUGCCUCUGAAGGGAUGGACCCCGAUGGUUACGCCCAUUGGUUCUUCCAUUUCGUAUUUGCUGCAACCGCUGCGACGAUCGUAAGUGGCGCCGUAGCAGAACGAUGCGACUUCAUAGCUUAUUUUGCAUACAGCAUCGCAAUUACAGGAUUUGUGUACCCCGUUGCUUCACAUUGGGCCUGGGACGAAAAAGGUUGGUUGUAUCAAGGGGUGACGUUCAACGAGACAAUGGGGAAUGAAACCGUCGAAGUUAAUGUGGGAUUCCAGGACUUUGCUGGUAGCACUGUCGUCCACCUAUUGGGCGGUGCUUCGUCUCUCGUCGCUGCGUUCAUACUUGGCCCGAGGAUUGGUCGCUUUGAAGAUGGAUACCCCGUUGAAAUUAAGGGCCAUUCUGUUCCCUUAACUGCGAUCGGUGGGUUUAUUUUGACAUUUGGGUUCUUUGCCUUCAAUGGAGGCUCACAGGGAGCAAUUUCAAAUGCAGGAGAUGGAGGCGCAGUGUGCCUAUCUAUGGUGAACACUGUCAUUUCUGGAAGUUUCGGAGCUAUAACCGCCCUGAUUUUAAAGAAAAUGGGGAUAUUUGGGAGGGAUCGUAAAUGGAGUAUACUCGUAACGAUAAAUGGAGCAUUAACAGGAAUGGUGUCGAUUUGCGCUGGCUGUAACGUUGUUUAUCCAUGGGGCGCUGCAGUUACUGGCGCCAUUGGAGGCCUCACGUUUCUCCUUUGGAGCCACCUCAUUCUGAAGUGUAAGAUUGACGAUCCACUCGACGCAGUGGCUGUACAUAUGGGGGGUGGAAUCUGGGGAACGAUUGCUGUCCCAAUAUUUAUGGCACCUGAAAAGGACGGCUCAAAUCCCGGGAUAUUGUUUGAUAUUUCGUCUAGAGCACCUUGGAUGCGCUUUGGAUGGAAUGUUGCAGGAAUGGUAUCGAUCUUUGUAUGGGCAUUCGGAAUUAGUGCUAUCAUGUGGCUGAUUCUUCGGCUGCUGAAAUUGCAUCGAGUCAGCGAAGAGAUCGAGACAAAAGGUCUAGACAUCCCUAAGCAUGGAGAGCCUGCUUACCCAGCAGAGGCUUAUGGACAUGGCUGGGAAACAAAAGGUUCAGCAUUGAAAGAACUUGCCGGAAAAAGCAUGUCCGAAACAAUGUUCGGUGACAAAACAGCCAGUGUAAGGAAACGUGUUUCUCAACGUAUGGAAUCAGACAAGAUGAUGGAAAACCCCGAAGCCCACGCGAUCUUCAAAAGCGAUCAGGAAAGAUCUGACCGUAAUUCGAGCGGCCCCAGUGACGGGCAUGUUAAUGCUGCUUUAGAUACCAGUCAACUGUGAUAAUAUGUUACAUAAGACAUUGUACCAGGACUCCCAUUUUAUUCCCAAAACUGGAACACAUGUGAUAUCAUCAGUUAAUGGGUCAUCGUUGAUUUUAUUUUUUGCUCAUUUGUUUGAUUUGUCGUGGUGUACUAUAUAUACAUGUAUAUUAACCUUGGUUAAUAAUUAUGUAGAUUAGCCAGGGAAAUAUUAAGCAAUAAAGCUUUACCGUUAUCUCUAAGGAUUAGCUUUAGGGAUUAGCUUUACAUGGAUUCCUUACCAUAUUGGAAAUUACUCACCCCCCCCCCGUCAUACCGAUGUAGUCAAUCAUUUAACUGCUGGUUUAACCAUCAUAUACA